GUCUGAGAUGCGGAACAUAAAAGCCUUCCCAUUCGUCAGUCCUACCCUCCCCAGACCAUAAGAUUCCCUSUGACCUCUCUCUCUAUUUGUUAUCAAAUGUGAAGGACCAGUUCCCGCCAAAAAACAAAAAACCCCCUCCUUUAGUACAUCCUCACUUUUACCGCCCUUCCCUUCAAGUUUCAACUGGUUCAGACUUCAGAGAUUGAGAGAGAUGCAGGGAACUUCUAAGGUGAUACUGGGAGCUACACUGAUAAUGGUGGUGAGCCUUGCCAUUGUGUUGGGCCUUAUUCUUGUCUUGCUUGCCGAGCUCUACUGCUCUCUGUUACUCCGUCGCCGUAGGCUACAAGUUUCACCGCCUGCCGCCACCUCCAACUCGUCCCCCGACCCCGUCUCAACUGCCGCAAACAUUUCCGAGUCUCUGCCUUCAGCUCCUCCCAAGAACAACAAUCGAUCAGCCACUUCUCUCAGCAGCUGGUAUGCUCAUGGGGUUCUUACUGCUCCAAGAAACUUUCUUUUUCCCAUAGUCCCUUGUGUUAUAGACAACAAAGUUGCUGAAGCCAAGAGCCAAAGCUCUCAACUUCAUCAAGUUAUCGACAUUGACGCCCAAGAAUCAUCCUUUAGCCCUCAUAGAAUCGGCCUCAUUUCCACUCCUUCAUCACGCUUUAUCUCAGCUUCCCCUGAUCUGUCCAUUUCCAAAGUUUGUUCUCAGAGUAAAUUAAGCCCCACCCGUGCCUGUAACGACAGUUCUUCCAAUGGCAGUGACCAUUUUAUGUACAUUUCAAACCCCAUUUAUGACAACGAUGCAAUCAGGCCAAGCAGAGGAGACACCCCAUUUGAAACACCAAAUUCCUCACCCUCUGGAUUGGAAAGAUGUGGUUCUUCGGAGGAAGAUGAGAUUGUGGCAUCUCCUUCCAGUACCAUCCGAUCGCUCCCGAAUACGCCCCCUUUAACACCGAUGAAGAAACUUCCGGCGGAGGCUUGUUCUGUUACACUGAGAGACGCCAGGUCUCGGGGGACUUCUGGGAGUGAUUCUAACACUAACAAUGGUCUGUCAUCUUCCUCCUCCGGUUCUCCCUGUACUUCACCUUCAUGGUGAUGUAAUUAGAAUUAGUGUCAGUGCUCUUUUCUUUACAGCUUUGUUGUCAAUGUCAACUUUCCUUGGUGGGUAUCUCGUGAAUGUGGCUGUGAAGGAAGAACAAAGUAGUAAGUUUCUCAAAGCACAGGCCUGAGAAUUGCACGGCCAUCAAAGCCACGCCUGUGUACUAGCCCACCUAGUUAAGUUAUCUAGAUUUUUGCAAAUUUUGUUCUUUUCCACUAGUUUGUGUUGUUAAUGGGAAGUUUUUUGAAUUUCUGGCC